GAGGCCGCGGCGAUGGACCCGCAGCAGCGCCUCUUCCUCGAGUGCGCCGCCGAGGCGCUCGAGGUCGGCGGCCGGCCCUGCGCGCCCGCGACGCCCGCGGCGGGAAGCGCGGCGGCCGUGGGCGUCUUCGCGGCCGUCGAGACCUCCGACUACGCGGCGCUGCACCAGCGCGCCGUCGACGACGGCGCGUGCCGGGGGCCGGACGCCUACUGCGGCACGGGCUGGCACGGCUGCGUCGCGCCGAACCGCGUGUCCUACCUCUUCGACCUGCGGGGCCCGUCGCUGGCGCUGAACACGGCCUGCAGCAGCUCGCUGACGUGCGUCGCCGUCGCGCGGCGCUCGCUCUUCGCCGGCGAGUGCGACGCCGCGCUCGUCGGCGGCGCAAACCUGCAGCUCAUGGCCCACUGGUCCAACGCCUUCGUCGCCGCGGGCAUGCUGAGCCCGACGUUCCGCUGCCGCUUCGGCGACGACGCCGCCGACGGCUACGUCCGCGGCGAGGGCGUCGGUGUCGUGCUGCUCGAGGCCGGCGAUUUGGCGCCGGGCGCCGUAACCGUCGGCGGCGUCGGCGUCGGCCAGGACGGCCGGUCCAACGGCCUCACGGCGCCGAACCCGGCGGCCCAGGCCGCCGUGCUCGCGCGGGCCUACGGCGACUGCGCCGCGGGCGCCGCCGCGGCGAAAGCGGCCGUCGCGAUGGUCGAGGCGCACGGCACGGGCACGCGGCUCGGCGACCCC